AUGGCGCGUUCGCUCGUCGUCGCUAUUCUUCUCGCGCUUGCCGCGAUGAAUGCGCAAGCCGACAUUCACAAUUUGCCAACCAAGUGGGUCAAUGCUGCCAGCUCGACUGCUCCGCAGCUGUCCACCAAGAAUGUCGUCCUGUCGCCUGCGCUGGGCUGGUUGACUUGCUCUGGGGCGACUGGAGGCUACUACAACUCCGGUUCCGGUUACUCUAGUCAGGAGUCGCUUCAGCAAGACAUUUACACGAACGAAAUCACCAUUCGCUACCUUCAAGAGUACCUUGCCAAUGCAGGCGCCAGCGUCUAUUCUACUCGAGAACGCUGGUUUGACACUCCCACAGAAGUCAUCAUCAAUGAUUUUGACAACACAGCUGCCAAAAAAGUAACUUACACUGCUAACAGUGGUGCUUCGUGGUUCUACGCAUCAAUCGUUGCAGGAUAUGGUUCCGAUCAACACUGGGUUGCGGGAUCUACAACGGAAACUGCCACCGCCACAUUUACCGCUACAAUUUCCACGUCUGGCUACUACCCCGUCUACAUGACUUGGCCGAGCCUACUCAAUCGAGGCACCCCAGACAUUCGCAUUACGCAUUCCGGAGGCAUCCAGACAAUAGCUGUCCCGAUGUAUCAAUUUGACUCCAUCUUUGUGUAUCUUGGCCGCUACUACUUUACUGCCGCAGCCGGAAUCAAGAUCGAGGUCACCAACAAAAUGCCCGUAACUUUGGUCAAAUUUGCGAUGGCCGAUGCAGUACGCGUCGGAUGCGGAGCGUCAGCCGGUAUUCCGCGCUGGAAACUGUCAGCCCAGGACUUUUUGAGCUUUAUGAGUCAAGGCCAGUUUACUGCGUUGGGUCUUCAACUACUCGCCGACAUCGCGCCCAUCCUUGAUACCGACUACCAGGCCAGAGCCAAGUUCUCCAACUACAUGUUCAACCAAAAACUGGAUGUAGAUUUGUUGAACAGGCAAAAUGGUGCCGACUGGCUGUACGCAGGUAUCGGGGCAAGUGGCGGUGCAGGAUCAGGUGUAGCAACCGUCACGUCCAACACGAAUCUCGGUCUGACUUCAGCACUCUACGCGGCGUGCGGCACCGCGGCAACUAGCGUCCGCUUGAAUGUUCAGCAAGCGACAGGGCAAAACAAUCAAGGAAAUACUCCCGCAGCAAAAGCGGAACUAACCCUAAACACCAACAUGCCAUCGUUCAUGACAUACAUUGUUGACGUGCUCAAUGCCACUGAAAUGGCGCUUAUGGCGAAAGAAUCCUACCGCGAAACGCUGGGUCGUGCCAUCUACAAGGGCAUCCACAAGUACUUUGUUCCGUCGUCUCCUACCAUCAUCCCGUUGCCGGUCACCAACCUUUACACCAUCUCAAGAACCGACGGCGUUGCCCUCUGCUGGGUUCAGCCGACUGAUCCGCUGGAAUCAAGUGCAACUGCAGCGUCGUACAAGCUGUACACCUCUACCGACGGUCGCGGCUGGGAUGAAGGUGUCAUUUUUGCGUCCAGCACCUCGGGUAAUAGCGUCCGUAUUGAGUCACUCAGCUACGGUAACAGCGUGUGUGGUGUCACGACCGCUGUCACGGUCGACACGCAAUACUACUUCAAAGUUGCUGGAGUCAAUGCCGGCGGCGAGGCUCUCACCAAGCUUACAGUUGCCGGGUACCGCAACUCUGGAGCCGGUCCUCGCAUUCUCGUGGUUGAUGCUUUUGACGCCGAUUUUGUGCACACGAGCGACAAUAUCGAGGGCCGCUACACACGCGAGUACGUGUUCGAGUAUGUCUCCGCGCUCCAAGCUGCAGGCUAUCGCUGCGACUCGGCCACCAAGAGCACUCUGCUCGACGCGACAUGGGUGAACGCCUACUUGGUCAACUACCAGAUUGUCAUCUGGUUUGCAGGAGAGAACACUGGCAUCAACGUGUUCCCUGCAGCGCAUCAAGCUGUCAUCAACACUUGGAUUGCGGCUGCGACCAUCAUCAAUCCGCGGUCUUUGGUUGUGACCGGUUCGCACGUCGCUUCUGGUCUUGCGGCUGCUGGUGGAGCAAGUGCGACCUUCCUUGCCAACAACCUGGGUGCUGGUUACGCUGGCGCUACUGCCAGCGCGCCAUUCAUUGCCCGUCAAGCGGUCGACCCAGGCUUCACGAUGAGCGGCACUGUGGCGUUCAACUCGCUCAUCGCGCUUGGCAACCCUUACAUCGUUCAAACCCCUGACAUCCUGACUGUCACUGGAGGCGGCACUGCUGCACUGUACCAUGGCGCUUCUGGCACCAACAUCGCUGCUGUGAGCACCGUGAGCGGCAGCUACUCGUCGUUUUUGCUCGCCAUGCCAUUCGAGACGAUCCUGUCGAGCACCGAGCGCACGACGCUGAUGACGUCGAUUGUGAUAAGUGUGAAUCAACGACGUGCCAGCUCCGCCAUUGCAGCGGCGAGUGCGAGCGCUGCGACCGCGGCGUCGACAUCUCAAGCAUCAGUGGCAACGCUGCUGGCAGCCACGGCUUCAGCGAUGUCGUCGUCUGUGGCCUCGGUUGCUUCGAAGGCAUCGGUUGCCAGUGUUGCCUCGACGUCAAUUGCGUACGUGACGAGUGCCGCUUCUGCGGCAUCUGCGGCAUCUGCAGCUACUGCUGCUUCUCUUGCUUCUGUGGCAUCCGCGGCAUCAGUGGCAUCACGUCCGUUGCAUUCGUCACCAGCGCGGCCUCUGCUGCUUCAGUUGCAUCUGCAGCCUCCGUCGCAUCCACGUCCGCCCGCAUCCGUCGUCUCUGCCGCAUCCGCUGCAACAACCUCGAAGGCAUCUGCCGCUUCUGUUGUUUCGGUUGCAUCGGCUGCUUCUGUCGCAUCUGCCGCCUCUGACGCAUCUGUGGCUUCUGUUGCGUCCGCUGCAACUACUUCGAAGGCAUCGGCUGCAUCUGUUGCUUCCACAUCCGCCGCAUCCGUCGGCUCUGCCGCAUCCGCUGCAACAACCUCGAAGGCAUCUGCCGCUUCUGUUGUUUCGGUUGCAUCGGCUGCUUCUGUCGCAUCUGCCGCCUCUGACGCAUCUGUGGCUUCUGUUGCGUCCGCUGCAACUACUUCGAAGGCAUCGGCUGCAUCUGUUGCUUCCACAUCCGCCGCAUCCGUCGGCUCUGCCGCAUCCGCUGCAACAACCUCGAAGGCAUCUUCUGCCGCUUCUGUUGCCUCGGUCGCAUCAGUUGCAUCUGGUGCAUCCGCCGCCUCUGACGCAUCUGUAGCUUCUGUUGCGUCCGCUGCGACUAGCUCGAAGGCAUCUGUUGCCUCUGCUGCUUCCGACGCUUCUGCAGCCUCCGUAGCAUCCACAUCAGUCGCAUCCGUCGCCUCUGCCGCAUCCGCUGCAACUACCUCGAAGGCAUCUUCUGCCGCUUCUGUUGCCUCGGUCGCAUCAGUUGCAUCUGGUGCAUCCGCCCCCUCUGACGCGUCUGUGGCUUCUGUUGCGUCCGCUGCGACUAGCUCGAAGGCAUCUGUUGCUUCUGCUGCUUCCAUCGCAUCGGCCGCAUCCGUUGCUUCCACGUCUGUUGCAUCCGUCGCCUCUGCCGCAUUCGCUGCAACAACCUCGAAGGCAUCUGCCGCUUCUGUUGCCUCGGUCGCAUCAGCUGCUUCUGUCGCAUCUGCCGCCUCCGCCGCCUCUGACGCGUCUGUGGCUUCUGUUGCGUCCGCUGCGACUAGCUCGAAGGCAUCUGUUGCCUCUGCUGCUUCCGACGCUUCUGCAGCCUCCGUAGCAUCCACAUCAGUCGCAUCCGUCGCCUCUGCCGCAUCCGCUGCAACGACCUCGAAGGCAUCUUCUGCCGCUUCUGUUGCCUCGGUCGCAUCAGUUGCAUCUGGUGCAUCCGCCCCCUCUGACGCAUCUGUGGCUUCUGUUGCGUCCGCUGCGACUAGCUCGAAGGCAUCUGUUGCUUCUGCUGCUUCCAUCGCAUCGGCCGCAUCCGUUGCUUCCACAUCAGUCGCAUCCGUCGCCUCUGCCGCGUCCGCUGCAACAACCUCGAAGGCAUCUUCUGCCGCUUCUGUUGCCUCGGUCGCAUCAGUUGCAUCUGGUGCAUCCGCCGCCUCUGACGCAUCUGUAGCUUCUGUUGCGUCCGCUGCGACUACUUCGAAGGCAUCUGUUGCCUCUGCUGCUUCCGACGCUUCUGCAGCCUCCGUUGCAUCCACGUCAGUCGCAUCCGUCGCCUCUGCCGCGUCCGCUGCAACUACCUCGAAGGCAUCUGCCGCUUCUGUUGCCUCGGUCGCAUCAGCUGCUUCUGUCGCAUCUGCCGCCUCUGACGCGUCUGUGGCUUCUGUGGCUUCUGUUGCGUCCGCUGCGACUAGCUCAAAGGCAUCUGUUGCUUCUGCUGCUUCCAUCGCAUCGGCCGCAUCCGUUGCAUCCACGUCAGUCGCAUCCAUCGUCUCUGCCGCAUCCGCUGCAACUACCUCGAAGGCAUCUUCCGCUUCUGUUGCCUCGGUCGCAUCAGUUGCAUCUGUCGCAUCUGCCGCCUCUGACGCGUCUGUAGCGUCCACGUCGAUUGCAUUAGUCACGAGCACGGCCUCUAUUGCUUCUGUCGCGUCAGCGGCAACUACUUCGAAGGCAUCUGUCCCGUCUGCGGCAUCUGCUGCUUCUGCUGCUUCUGUUGCUUCUGUGGCAUCCGCCGCAUCGGUGGUAUCUACGUCCGUUGCAUUCGUCACCAGCGCGGCAUCUGCUGCUUCAGCUGCAUCUGGUGCAUCUAUUGCAUCCACGACUGUCGCAUCUGCCGCCUCUGACGCGUCUGCUGCGACAACCUCAAACGCUUCAGCCGCUUCUGUUGCUUCCGUUGCUUCGGUGGCCUCUGUCGCUUCGGAUCCUUCUGUCGCAUCCACCUCUGUCGCAUCCGCCGCAUCCGCCGCAUCCGCUGCAUCCACUUCUGCUGCAUUCGUUACCAGCGCGGCGUCCGUUGCUUCCAUUGCAUCAGGCGCAUCUAUUGUAACGGCAUCUGCUUCAUCUGUUGAUUCCAUUGCGUCUGCUGCAUCCGUGGCAUCCACAUCUGUCGCAUUCGUCGCAUCCGCUACAUCCGUCGCAUCCAUCGCGUCAGUGGCAUCGACCCCAAAGGCAUCCGCUGCUUCCGUUGCUUCUGUCGCUUCUGCAGCAUCUGCUGCGUCCACAUCCGUCGCAUUCGUCACCAGCGCGGCAUCUGCUGUUUCUGUCGCGUCAGCGGCAUCGACCUCGAAGGCAUCCGCUGCUUCUGUUGCUUCUGUCGCUUCUGCAGCAUCGGUCGCGUCCACAUCCGUCGCGUUCGUCACCCGCGCGGCAUCUGCUGCUUCUGUUGCGUCAGCGGCAUCCACUUCGAAGGCAUCCGUUGCUUCCGUUGCUUCUGUCGCGUCUGCAGCAUCUGCUGCGUCCACAUCCGUCGCGUUCGUCACCAGCGCGGCCUCCGCUGCUUCUGUUGUGUCAGCGGCAUCCACCUCGAAGGCAUCCGCUGCUUCCGUUGCUUUCUGUCGCGUCUGCAGCAUCUGUUGCGUCCACAUCCGUCGCAUUCGUCACCAGCGCGGCUUCGCUGCUUCUGUUGUGUCAGCGGCGUCCACCUCGAAGGCAUCUGUUGCUUCUGCUGCUUCUGUCGCGUCUGCAGCAUCUAUUGCGUCGACUUCCGUCGCGUUCGUUACCAGUGCGGCAUCUGCUGCCUCUGUCGCGUCAGCGGCAUCUAUGUCAAAGGCAUCCGCUGCUUCUGUUGCUUUUGUCGCUUCUGUGGCAUCCGACGCAUCUGUGGCAACCACGUUAACGGCAUCUGCUGCUUCUGUCGCGUCAGCUGCAUCAACCUCAAAGGCAUCGGUUGCUUAUGCCGCUUCGGUCGCAUCCACAUCCGUUGCGUUCGUCACCAGCGUGGCAUCUGUUGCUUCUGCUGCAACUGCAUCCUCAUCUGUUGCCCAUGUGACGAGAGCGGCUUCUGCCGCUAGCAAUGACUCUGCAACAACGACCGUCUCGGCGUCUUUUGCGACGCUCGCCUCCAAAGUGUCUGGCGCCUCUACCACAGUAGCUUUAGCUGCCAAAGACGCGAGUAAUGCGACCAGCCUUCCGAUCGGCGCGGUGGUUGGUGGCGUGGUUGGCGGCGUUGUGCUGCUCGCUUUAAUUGUUUUAGGCGGCUUUUUGGUUCGUCGCCACCGACGCUCCACGAAUAUUGGAGGUGCCGUUGGAUCUUCGGAUGCAUAA